UCGCCGAAACUGGUACGCUGGUGAACGACUCACGUGCGGAGGGCUACCAGGGCGACUCGGCAGCACUGACCGGCAGCUAGCAGCAGCGCGCUUCAGCCAGGGUGAAGGCGGACACUUGCACCGCGCCUGCUGGUCCUUCCGAGAACCAUGGCCGCAGAACCGCGAUCGGGGGCGUACGGCGGAGGCUGCAGCGGAGGCGGCGAGCCCGUGGCCUAGUGCGUCGCGCCGGCCGGCGAUGUAACACAGUAUGGGGCGGCAGCGACUGCGCUCCGAGGAAUGCUGGUGCCCCCUUCGUGGCUACUCUUCGGACACCAACCCCACGUAACGUCCGACCAAGAUGCCGUAGCUCUUGCUCUGUUCCAUGGGACAGACUUUAUGUGAAAAUCAAGUGACUCUUAGGUAUUAACGAACGUUACGAACUUCAUUUACGAAAAAGAAACGAACCGAAAGUUUCUUAGAAAAGCUUAGAAAAUACGCUAUAGGAUGAUACUACAAUACCACUUAGGAAAUUGAUAAUUUUUUUUUUUUUCAAACGAUCUCUCGCUUUAGAAUUUUCUAGUGUGCACUGCUUUCCCUGUGCCAUUCGCAACCGGCGCAGAGCCGCAGGGCUAAAGUUUAAAUAUAUUAUAAUCCCGCAAUUGCUCGAGUGAAAACUGAAAUUGAGGUGCUUCUGCACGAUUUAUGAGACUCGGGGGUAUGUUCGGCGGAGAUUUCUGAUCGGUGCCGAGUCGGAUUAGUUGUGGCGCUCGCCGCUAGGAGGUCGGCUCGGGCUGGUCAAGAUGGCGGCCGGCGGGUGUACCGGCAGAGGCGACUGGCGAAAUGGUGAGCUGGCAUGGUGGCUGCUCUGAACCGCCUGCAGCAGCAACACCAUGGCCGACCUGCCCGACCUCUCGCACCUCACGCCCGAGGAGCGGCGCAUCAUCGAGUCGGUGAUGAUGCGCCAGAAGCAAGAGGAGGAGCGCGAGAACGAGAUCAUGAGGCGCAAGCAGGACGAGGUGCAGGUCCUGGAGGAGACGAUCCGCGCGCGCAGCGAGCAGCAGAAGAAGGCGGGCGUCGAGCUGGACGCCACGUGCCACAUCUGCCUCAAGACCAAGUUCGCCGACGGCGUGGGGCACAUGUGCAACUACUGCAACAUCCGCUGCUGCGCGCGCUGCGGUGGCAAGGUCACGCUGCGCUCCAACAAGCCUUUCGGAUGGGCUGCUUUGGGACUGCAGCAGAGGCGCCUGCUGGGAGAGGAGCGAGAGGGUGCGAGGAGGCGGCUGGCCAUGCGGCUGUCUGCCGGGUCGAUAGCCGGCCUGCCUCCGCCGCCCCGCGCCCAGCGCCCGCCCGGUUCCGGCUUACCGGCCCCACUCGCCGGAUACUUCCUCCCUGCCCGUUCCCACCUUUGGAGUGAUACAGGUAAUAAUGAAUAA